AUGGUGCUGCGGCGGUUCCUCCUGGCUCUCAUCAACUCGCAGCAGCUCGUGGAGCGCCUGGCCGAGUCGAGGCCCAUCCGCCGGGCGGCGCAGCUCACGGCUUUUGCCGUGCUGCGGGCACAGCUCGGGAUCCGAGACGCGACGCGGGACCUGCGGGGGCCCGUGAGACGCGCCGCGCGCUUCGGGGCCACCUUCUUCCGGGAGCUCCGCCGCGGCCUCCAGGACCGGCCUUCCGGGGGCAAGGACGGCCCAGGCCGGGGACUGGGAGACUGAGGCCUGCGGGAAGGGGCGCCCCCCUCCGGGUUCAUCUUCCGCCGAGGAGGGGGUUCUUUGCCCCCUGACUGAGCCAGGAGGGCUUCUCCUUCCCCUCGGGUCUUGCGUCCGGGCUUCUCUGGGACGCCUGUGACCUUCAGCCCCGCCGCCUGGUCUGAAGGGAGGGACUGGGACGGACGCCAGGCUGGCGUCCUCCCCUGUCGCCCUUGAGAAGACUGUUUCUUCAGCUGGACAAAGUGCCCUCGGGGGCCCGAAGACCUGGAGGACCUUCCGGAACGGGAGUCUUUCUGGGAACCUGCAGCCGUGGCGGCGCUCCCCUUGGAACAAGAGCCUCUUUUCUCCGCCUGCCAGCUGGAUGGUCCCUAGCGGGCAUCGCGGGAGUUCCCCGAGUCUGGCCCCGGGUCCUCGCCCUGCCAACAGGACUUCUGCAUUGUGAGCCAAUAAAGGAGGCAGCAGAGCUCUCAGUCUUGCGCCCAGGGUUCCUAGCCAGGGGGAGACCCGGGCGAGGCUCUACCUCCUUAUCUGUAAGAGCCGGAAGCCGUCCUCGCACCCUGUGCCUGUGCCGGCCAGAGGAUCCUUCCGCAGCCGCCCAGCUUCCAAUAAAGGAGCCCCUGGGCUCAGGGUGGAGGAACCAGGGGCUGGAAGAAGGAGCUCAGAGCGGCCUGAAAGGCCGCUGAACCUGGCCCUCUCCAGGGCCUUCUGGGAAGGUUGGAGGCGCCCUUGGCUCCCAGGGCGGGGGUAGGGGACUGGCUGGGAUCAUGCUCUGAUUGACCCAAAGCCCUUCCUUGGCCUGCUUUCUCAGCCCAGGCUGCGGGCUGCUGGGAAGCUCUCCUCAGGGCGCUGCUAGAGCAUCACAUGAACAGCCCCAGAGGCACCCAGGAACCGGCGGAUCCCUCCCUCUCCCUUGCCUGGGCUUCCAAUGGCUAACCAGGCUGAACCGCCUUUAGCAUCCACCUGGUUCUCUGGGGAGGCGGGCCCUGUGUUGGGCAGCAGCCUCCUGCUGCCCUACUAUGUGUGGGGGGGGGGGGGUACUAAGGGGCCUGCCGGGAAAAGGCCUGGUAAGACCUCCAGACUCCCAGAGCUCCGAAGCCUCUGUCACGCCUCCUGGCAGCCAACAGACUGAUUGUAGAAAGCACAAGUUUGGGCGUCCGUCUAGCUCUGGGCCUCAGUUUCCUCGUCUUUAAAAAAGAAGAAAAGGAGUCUCUCUGAGCACCGCUGGGACGCAUCUAGGCCAGAUUUGAACCCGGGACCCCCGGGUCUCCGCUUGACUCUCCAUCCACUGAGCCACGUGCUUGUCCCCUCUCGUCCGUCCUCGGCAGCUACCCAGACCUCAGGUCGCUCCCGAGUCUUCUGGGGCUUCCCUGGCCUUUAGGGUGGAAAACCCGAGGCCGUUGGCAUUGGAAGCGCUUCACAGCCUUGCUACAGGAUCUCCCAACGGGCCUUGGAGACGGUCUCCACCGUGCUUUCCCUGUUCUAGCUCGGCCGGACUGGCUGGUGGGCCUCGGCAAGAGCAGGGCCACCUUGUUCCCCCUCCGUGGCAUUUCCGGGGCCCGUGCGGGCACCAUCUUCUAACGUCUGCUUUGAUGUCCACAAGCCCAGGCUGAACCGCUGCCACAACAGCCCUGUGUGCCCUUUGGGCGCUGGCCUCCUGCCCAGCCUCCGCCACCCGGCCUCUCCUCGCCACCACGGUGGGUGUCUGUCCCUCCCCGCAGAGUGGAGGGGGCGGAGGAGAAUCCGGACUGUGGCACAAGAAGGGAGCUCGGGAUCCCAGGAGGCAGACACGGGAACCGGCAAGCAUGGGCAAAGGCUUGGAGGCGGGAGGGUGGCUCAAAUGCAGGGUGUUGAGGAAGGGGGAUGGGGAAGGCCUUCAAGGCCAAACAGUGGACUUUGCCUUUCACCGUUUGAGCAGGGAACUGGCCGUCCCCACGCAUUAGAUCCCACACACGGGAAAGUACACGUGUGCACCCGAUCCGCCCGUGCACCCAUUCUCGGGACGCCUCGGCGUCUGCUUCCCCUGAACCCCCAAUAAAUGUUAAUAGAGUGAA